UGUUUAUUCGGUUUGAUCUCUUAAUAUAUUGAACCAUAUCUAUAUACUGAUAUUUUCUAAACAUAACAUCCUCGGUACUUCCAAAUCUAGACUAUUUUCUCUAUUUCGGUUUGGAAUGGUUUUGUUUUACCAGAUUGAACACUCCUAAACUAUUGUUAUUUGUUAAUAUUUUAUAUUUGUGAUUCUUUAUAAUCCUUAUAGUACCACAUGAUUCUUUUCAGUCCAAAUACAAUAUGUGUUAAUUUCACAUACAAAAUUUCCUAAUUUAGUUAUUACAAUAAAAAAGAUUUUGAUCCAAAAUCUACAUCAUAUAAAUAAAAAUAUGAAACAAAAUAAUAUGAUAUAAUAAAUUGAUUAUCAAUAUGAAUAUUGAAAUUUUAUAAUAUAUAAUAAUUUAAAAUUUGUAUCUAAUUUAAUUACUAUUAUUUUAUUAAAAAAAUUGAAUUAAAAAUUGUUAGAUGUAUAGAUAUAUUAAUCUGCACAAAGUGCGGGACAUCAACUAGUUCUAAAUUAAUAGAAUAGAUAUGUACAUGUACUUAGACAAGUAGAUAGAGUUAAGAAUAAGGAAAAGGAAAAGAUUAUAAUUUAAUAUUUUACACAAUAUGUUGUUAAUAUACACAUUAGAUAUCAAUAGACGCGCAACAUAUAUCUACAGCUUGGUAAGAUCAACAAGAUCUAGUUAACGAGGAUUGGAAGAUAACUAGAAGAAACACCCCAAGCAAAAUCUCUGUCUAGUUUUGCUCCAACCUUGUAGCUAUUAGUCCCGAUGGCGAACAAAGAGACAAACCUUUCGUCGCUUCCAGAUGAGAUGGUUAUAGACUUUUUAGCUCACAUAUCGAUAUCCUACUACCCGAAACUCUCCUUAGUAUCCAAGAGAUUCAACUCUCUCAUCUUAUCCAGAGAGCUCUUGUUUGCUCGAUAUCACUUGAAAACACGUGAACACAUCCUUCAGGUCUGCUUAAAGUUUCCCGGGCGUCGUCUCCCCUCCUAGUUUAGCCUCUGGAUAAGACCUGAUCAGAUCCUAACUAAUGACAUGGAAGAGGACAAGUCCACCACACGAAAUACUUUGUUGGUACCAAUACCCUCUUCAUAUUCUCCUUAUGUAACAGAUUUAUCUAUGGGCAUGGUUGGGUCCAAACAAUACAUAGUCAAGGAUUACAAUAUUCCACCGACGCCACUCCCCAUGUGGGUACGUAACCAAAAUGAGAGCACUCACGCCUGGAGAGAAGCCCCUAGAAUGAAGGUGGCUAGAGAUAAUCCUAUGGUGGCUAUUCUCGAUGGGAAAAUAUACGUAGUGGGUGGUUGCAAGGCAGAUGAAACCACUAACUGGGCUGAAGUUUUCGACACAAAUACUCAAACUUGGGAGUCUUUACCUGACCCUGGCGCUGAGCUCCGCUCGUCUUUACUAAAGUCAACGAAGGUGACCGAUGGAAAGGUUUACGUUAGGAGCAAUGCCAAGAAUGAGUAUUAUUAUUAUGAUCCAAAAGAAGGUAAAUGGGGAGUUGUAACCGAGGCACUGCAGUUUGAGAGAGCGUGUUUAAUAGAGAACGUUUGGUACUAUUGUGGUGAAGAAUAUUUCUCGUGGUUUGACACAAAGCUUCAAAAAUGGAAAAUGGUCAAAGGCUUGGAGGUAUUGAAUAGGAAUUGUUGUGCUGGUGCUCUUGCAGUAACUAACUACUGUGGGAAACUCUUAAUCUUCUGGGACAAGUUUGAGGAGUGUGAAAACAAGAACAUUUGGUGCUCGGUGAUUACGCUUGAAAGAGGUGGUGGCGGGGACGAUGUUUGGGGACACGUUGAAUGGGCUAGCGUUGUGCGCAUCGUUCCCAGUUCAUACAUUUUCUUGCGCUGUCGACAGGUAUGGGCUUGAUCAUGCUUUGGUUCUGGCCAUUGACAACGCAUUUUGGCUUCAAAGUUGCAAACUUCUUUGGUUGAUUAUAUUUUAUAUGUAAUGAUAUAUGUUAUGUUAUCCCAUUCCUUGGCUUUUCUCAUCACUUUUCAGUACCCAAAUCUUGGUUUAAUCCCCAUAAACUGACACUAAAAAUUAUUAUUAGCUGUUCAUCUUCACAAAGACUACAAGAGUAACUCAAUACUACAAAAAAAAAGAGUUUCAGAGAGGGAAUACUUUCUUGUGUUUAAAGUAUAGUACGAAACCAAAAUACAAAAGAAACUGACUUCUAAAAUAAUACUUCUUAUGUAUCAUAUUAAGUGUCAUUUUGACCUUAUGCACAAAAAAUUAAGGAAACAAUUAAUCUUGUAUAUUUUCUAUAUAA